AUGUACUCAACAAUCAUAAAUAUUUUUAUAAUUCUUGUUGUAGUAGUCACAGAUGAUGCUGAUGCCAGUUAUAGCAGUUAUACGACUCGACCACCUUGUUGUCGAGAUCACUUAGGUUCAACAGCAUGUGCUCGCUUAAGCCGAUCAAACACACGAAAUUUUGCUAAACGAUGUAAUCAAGAUGCCGAAUUUAGAUUAAUUCAAUGUUGUUCAACUUGCAAUAAGAGUAGACAAGCUAUGGCCUAUGAUUUGAUUGCUCGUUCUUUAGUUUCAGAACAUUGCUUUGACCGCUAUGGAUCUCAAUUUUGUCACCGGUAUGUCAAUAAUACAGAUGUCUUUGAAGCUCAAUCAACUUGGUCGUGUGAUGGUGAGAAUCCCCAAAUUGCUUUUCGCUCAUGCCGCAAGAGCUGUGGCUUUUGCAAUUUCAAAGUCGUAAAGUAUACGUUAGAUGAAGCUCAAAAAUCUUGUAAAUCGGAGAGUCGAUCAUGGAAGAAACAGUUAGCGAAGAAGAAAGAACAGAAGUUCAUUUGGGACGGCAAACUAUAG